AAUGUAAACCAUUGAGGAAAAACUUGUUGUUGCACAGCUGCAAUAAAAUCUGAUACCAAAUUGAUUCUAAAGAGCUGGUGAUUCAGCCUUUAACAGAAUUCCUGGAUCUGGUUCUGGCUGAUGAACUUUGAGGGCAGGUAACUGGGCAAGACAUAUAUACCGCGCUGUGCUCUUUCAGAUGAUGCACAAGAGUCUUGGCAUUUGGCUCUGCUCUUGGAAAGUGAAGCUGACCAAAUAUUAGCCUUCAUCUUCACUCCAGCAUGGAUGAAGAAGAUGGAGAGAUUGCAGUUAUUGGGAUUGGCUGCAAUUUUCCAGGAGGUGAAGGAAUUGACAAUUUCUGGAAGGUUCUUUGUGAAGGGAAAAACUGUGCGGUGGAAAUUCCGAAUGAGAGGUUUGACUGCUCGUACUGGUACAGUCCUGACCAAAACAAACCUGGGAAGACGUACACCUCCAGAGCCGCUCUCAUAGAUGGGGUUAAUGAGUUUGACCACAGACUGUUUGGCCUGACUGAAGCUGAAUCAAGUCAAAUGGACCCCCAGCACAAGCUUUUACUCCACUCUACCUAUAGGGCUUUCGAAAAUGCCGGCAUUCCUUUAGAAAAGGCCAGCGGAACCAAAACAGCAGUGUUCAUAGGGAUGAUGAACAGAGACUAUGAGCUGAACAAAAUGAAGGGCAACCCAAAAACCAUCAGUCACUGGACUGGUACCGGUAUUGCUAUGAGUAUAUCAGCUAACCGCAUCUCAUACGCCUUCAAUCUCACUGGACCUUCUCUGGCUAUUGACACUGCUUGCUCUUCUUCACUUGUGGCUCUUCACCUUGGAUGUCAAGCUAUUAAACAAGGGGACUGUGAGAUGGCCCUGUGUGGUGGUGUGAGUUGCAUUUAUGAUCCACAACUUUUUGUGGCUCUCAGCAAAGCAAAGAUGAUCUCUCCCGACGGCACCAGUAAACCUUUCUCCAAGGACGCAAAUGGCUACGGAAGAGGAGAAGGUUGUGGAGUUGUUUUGCUCAAACCUCUGAAAAAGGCUAUAGCAGACUCUGACCAUAUCUGGGGCAUUAUAAGCAAGACUGCUGUGAACCAAGAUGGCCACACUGCAAGUCCAAUCACCAAGCCAUCUAUGGUACAACAGGAGGAGCUUCUCAGGACCCUCUACAACGCAGAGAGUGACGUGGCCAGGGUUCAGUACAUUGAAGCACAUGGGACUGGAACACCAGUGGGUGACCCCAUUGAAGCCAACACCAUAUCUAAUAUCAUUGCUAAAGCACGACCCGCUGAGUCUGGCGCUCUUUGUAUCGGCUCAGUGAAGGGUAACAUUGGACACACUGAGUCUGCUGCUGGAGUAGCAGGGCUAAUUAAGGUACUCCUAAUGAUGAAACAUGAAACCAUUGUGCCUUCAUUGUUCUACUCUGAGGACAAUGCCAGUAUAGAUACUAAGGCUCUGAAUAUUAGCAUCCCCACAAAAUCAAAAACAUGGGAAAUGACUGAGAAUGUUGGGAGGAUUGCUGGUAUUAAUAAUUUCGGUUUUGGGGGAACAAAUGCACAUGCAGUGAUCAAACAGUACAGAGAGAACACCAACGUUCCUAAAACUAAAAAGAGUACAAAGCCCCUUCAGUAUUAUGUCCUUUCUGGAGCUUCAGAAAAAUCCCUUGCUAUGAUGAUUGAAGACACCAUUGAAAAACUUGACACAGCAAAAUAUUUAGAUAUAGCAAGCCUUGCAUACACUUCCGCAUGCAGGAGAAGUCAUUUAAAGAAUGAAUACAGGAGGGCUUUUCCAUCAUCAAGCUUGGCUGAUCUGAAAGAGCAUCUUCUUUUGGCUAAACACAGAAAGAUCGAACCUUCACAGUUAGAUUCGAGGCUGAUUUUUGUUUUUUGUGGAAAUGGCCUUACCUAUCAAGGCAUGUGCAGACAGCUCUUGAAAGAACAGCCUGUUUUCAGAGAAAAAGUGAGAGAAGUUGAACAUCUUUUCCAGUGCUACCAACAAAUUAGCAUGCUAGACCUCCUGGAAAAGGACUCAGAAGACAGAGAUCAAUUUUCAAAGCCUGAAGUCAUUCAGCCACUCCUUUUUGCAAUACAGAUUGCCAUAUAUGAACUUUUGAAAAGCUGGGGUGUCAGACCAGAAGCUGUGCUUGGCCACUCUGUAGGAGAGGUAGCAGCUGCACAUUGCUCAGGACUGCUGUCUCUUGAAGACGCAGUGAAGGUGAUCCAUCACCGUAGUUUUCUGCAAAGCAGAGUAACUGGUGGCAAGAUGCUUGUUGUCAGUAACAUGGUAGUAUCAGAAGUCUCAAAACUCUUACCAUCUUAUUCAGGAAAGGUUUGCUUGGCUGCCUGCAACAGCCCUCUAUCUUGCACCCUGUCAGGUGACGCAGACUCAAUCGACAGUGUGCUCAACAGGUUAAGCAGUUUACCAAACAGCAAAGAGCUCUUCCUUCAUGCUUUGGACGUCCCGGCUGCCUACCAUAGCCAUAAAAUGGACCCGAUACUCUCAGAGAUAAAGGAUCGCAUUGGGUUCCUAAAGAAAAAUGAAAUGGCAACAGAGUUGUAUUCUACUGUGACAGGGAACAUGGCCAGCAACAGUGAUUUUUCUACUGGUGAAUACUGGGCUCAGAAUGUCAGGGAGCCAGUAGCAUUUGAAAAGGCUGUGAGGUCUGUUGGCAAAGACAAGAAAAAUGCAGUUUUUGUGGAGAUAGGCCCGAGAAGAGCGUUGCAGCGAAAUAUUGUAGAAAUACUGGGCAGAGAAACCAGAGUGUUCUCUUCUGUUCAACCAGAAAAAGACCACGAGACAAUGCUUACACUUGUGCCCAAACUGUUUGAAGCUGGAUGUAAUGUAGACUGGGCCCAGUUCUACAGAGGCUGUGAAACCAAGCCAGCUGCUUUCCCAAAGUAUCGGUUUGACUGUGUCAAGAAGCCCUUAAUUUUUGAAUCUAUGCAGACAGGAUCUACAGGUAGUCAUCCUGUGCUUGCACAGACAAGCAGAGACAGCACUGAGUUUGCCUGUAAUCUCACCUCCAACUCACUGUCCUACUUAAACCAGCACAAAAACAAUGGAAUAGCCAUCAUUCCAGGUGCUUUUUACGCUGAACUUGGCCUUGCAUCUUGCAUAGCAGCUACAAAACCAAAGGUUCCACUCAACACACUGCAGCUCCAUGUAAACUUUCAGAGACCAUUUGUAUACAGUCAGAACCCAACAGAGAUGAAAGUGACACUCAAAACAGCUAAAAAUGAGACCAAUUUUAAUAUUCAUUCCAGCAGUGCAACAUUUGCCUCUGGUAGUGUUACGCACAGAAUUGAAGGUCAGGGAAUUGAAGAGCCGAGAAUCUUUCUGGAAAGCAUUUACAAAAGAUGCACUUCAGUCAUGAGUUCUGAAGAACUCUACAAAAACCUGAAUAUGGGUGGGUUUCAGUAUGAAUCUGUCUUCAGAAAUGAAGGGACUGUUCAUUAUGGGGAACAUCUCAGGGAGGCCAUCUCAACAGUAUCUGUUCCUGAGGAGCUGCUUGCCCAGUUGCAUGACUAUUGCAUUCACCCCGUAAUUCUUGACUAUUUUAUGCAGCUUCUUCCAGUCACUGUAGCUGGAACUGCUAUGUCAAGACCUGGCUUUCCCAUUGGAAUAGGCAGGCUGUCUGUUCUUGAGCCCCUACAAAAAGAUAUGGUCAUUUACCUGAGAGCCACUAACAUUGAGACUGAAAAUUUGGAGGUGUGUGGCUGUUUCACAGACAAAGAUGGCAAGCUGUUGGUUGAGAUCAGGCAGGCACAACUGAAAUACCUUAAAGGUCCAUCCUAUCUCGUUAAGGAAUUUUUUUACCAUACUGACUUUAAAGUCAAUUCUGAAAAUCAAAAUUCUACACCAAAGACUCCUUUCCCCAAAGCUUUGGUAUUUGCUGAUCAUUUAGGACUUGCGGAAGCCCUCAAAAAGCAUUUGGCUCCAACUUCUAAGUACAUUUCCUUUAAACAUGCAGAAGAGUUGCUGCAUGAGGGAUUUCAAGCACUGAUGCUGAAAUUGAAUAUUUCAGAUGUGAACAAGCCCUUUGAUGAAAUUUUGUUUAUCUGGAGUGAUACUAAUCUUACCACAUGCAGUGCUGAUCGAACUCUGGAGACAAUGGUCAACUGCUGUGAAGUCUUCCGGAAAAUUGUUACUGCACUUAAAUCAGGCAGUUUCCCACACUCAAUCAGAACAGUAACUUACAGAGCUUCAGAAACCACAGUAGACCAAGUCACUCUAGGAUUUGUGCUGUCUGGUAUGAUAAGGGCAUGCGCGGCAGAGGUCUCAGAACUCCUCUUCCAGCUUGUGGACAUCAGCUCAGUUUCUUCUCAGGAUGUGGCGGCUUUUGCUCAGGUUCUUAAGUCGUACCCAUGUCACAAAUACCCAGAGUUGCUGGUGAAAGAUGGACAGAUUCUGAAGUCGAACAUUGUGCGCACAUCCUUGAGAAAUUCUCUUACAUCCAAGAAUAGUGUCCAGGUAUCCCCCCCUGAAAACUUUGUCUUACAGACAGCCAAGCCUUACACAAUUACUGGCUUAUCAGCAAUUCAGGCUGAAGACUCCAGCGCUCAUAUCAAAGAGAACAACGUGGAGAUUCAAUUGAGCAAAUUGUGUGUUCAUUCCUCAGACUACUAUCCCGUCAGUGUUUCAGGUCUGAAGUUUGGCCAGACAAUUUACUGGGACAAUUACGCCACACAAGACCACAAGCUUCUAGCCCUUGACUUCAGUGGCACAGUCACAGCUGUGGGAAAGGCAGUUAGCCGUCUUAAAGUCGGAGAUCACAUUGUUUCCUGUUAUCCUGUAGCCGCAUCCUCCAAAAUUGAAAUCCCAGAGGAUGUGUGCUACAAGACAAAGAAAGUUCAAUUUUUAAGACAUGCCCCUUGUGUGUCCUUCUUGGCACUUUCAUGGGAAAUUCUGCACCAUGCCUUGCCUAGGGUAAAACAGCAGAGAAAAUUAGGCAUCUUCUCUUCAACACCCAAUGCAUGCUUCCUUACAGUCCUAACCAUGACUGCUUCCAAAUCAGGAUGGAAUGUUGUUGUAGGGACAAACUUAAAUGGUCCCAUUCAAACUGCAAAAAAAAUUGAUGCAUGGGUCCUUUUGCCUCCAUUCGACAGAACUCUGUUUUCAGAAGUGUGCAGACUUAACUCUGUUAGGUACAUUGUUCCCAUUUGUGAGGACCAAUGUUCGCUUUCUCUUUGUGAAACAAUCCUCAGAGAAGAAAACUGCAAUGCUUGUGUACACCCCAUUCAAGUCUCUAGAGUUCUAGAGAAGGGGUCACUCAAAUUAUGGAAGCCUCAGAUCUACAAAUGGCUCAAGUCCAUGCAUUUGGAUGUCAGGUCACUGGACCUCCCAGUAGUCACCUUCCAAAAAGUGACAUCUGGAAGCAUAGACAUCUUGCCAGUGGAGAACUCUGAAUCGUACUUCGGUUCCAAGACAAUACGCACAAUUACGCUAAGAGACGAGAAUCCCAGAAUCCAGUCUGAUAUUCCAUUUCUGUUAGGAGCAAAGCAGCUUUUUCAAAAGCGAUCUGUGUACAUUGUGACGGGUGGACUUUCUGGACUUGGCUUUGAAACUGUAAAGUUCAUUGCUCAGAGGGGGGGAGGUCAUAUUGUGAUCCUCUCAAGAAGUGCUGCUAGUCCAGAGAUGCAACAAGAAAUCAGCACUGUUAAAAAUCAAAAUGAUGUUGAGAUACUCAGUUUACAGUGCGAUGUUUCAGUCAUUAGACAAGUGGAGAAAGUGAUCUCUGUCAUUGGACAAACUUUCCCAAUGUGUCCAAUUAAAGGUGUCUUCCACAGUGCAGUGGUCCUUCAUGAUGGUUUAAUUGAAAGCCUCAACAGAGCUCUCUAUGAGAAAGUCUUGAAGCCCAAAGUCUGUGGUGCUCUCAAUCUACACCACGCCACAAGGCACUGCAAACUAGAUUAUUUUGUGUGCUACUCAUCAAUCUCUUCCUUCAUAGGCAAUGCAUCCCAGUCAAAUUAUGCUGCAGCUAACUCAUUUCUAGACACCUUUUGCCAUUACAGAAGAAACAUUGGACUUGCAGGACAGUCCAUCAAUUGGGGUGCUCUGAACCUUGGUCUCCUGUUAAACAAAGACCAUUUCCAAAGGUUCCUUGAGUCAAAGGGCAUGGCAAUUAUGGAGGUGAAUGAAAUUCACCAGUGCUUGCAGGAAUGCCUGCUUUUGAACAGACCCCAGCAGGUAAUUUGCAAAUUUAAUUUUAGAAACUUGAGGACCCACGUACUCUCACAAAACGCCUCCCUCAGGAUGCGUUUCUCUGCUUUGGUUCAGGAGGCGUUCAGAAAUGACCAGAUAGCAGAAUUGGAGACGACCAAAUCCAAAUCAUCCCCACAUGAAUAUGUGAGGUCUGUCCUCUGCAACACUCUUGGUGUGAAAGAGGAGAAGCUGAGUGAAGACAUGACCCUCGCUGAUCUAGGGGUUGACUCCAUGUUGGCCAUGACUCUGCAAAACCUCUUUGCCCAAGAAAAAGGUGUGAAUAUUCCCCUGGUCAAAUUUCUUGAUUCAAGCACCACAUUGGCUGCACUGGCGGCAGUUGUGGCAGAGGCAGAUAGUGGGGAAAUUGAUUUGACAGAUAGUUCAGAGCCUAGCCUAGCAAAUAUACAAUCAAAUGAAGAAUCAACAGCACUUUAAGUGGAUGCUAAACUCGUUUAAUUGACAGAGAUGGUGGGGGUUCUAUAGUAGCUAAGAAUAACAGUUCACAUUAGUAAAAAAAACUAAAAUAAUUCAUUACAGAAUUUGCAUGUCUUUCAAACAAAAACUCAUAUCUCUAACAUUUUACAGAAAAAAGGCAAAAAAAGGAAGCCAAUGUAAAAAUAUUUAAUGGCAAAUAAUUUUUAGCAUUUCUAUUGUGAUGAAGAAAAAUCAACUGCCUGAAUGACAUUAUGCUAAAAAGUAAAAUAUUACAAAAAUGACCAGUUCAAGACACAGUCAAGCACAAUGGUAACAGUGACUAUAUGUUUCAUAACGAGAGUCACUUAAGAAAAUGUCCAUGUAAAUGUUUAUAAUUUAAAUUUCAUGUUUUUGUUUAAUUGAAGUUUUUUAUGUUCAGGAACCCAAUGCUGUUAUUAUUGUUUUAACAUACGCAGUUACAAUCUGUUUCUUUCUCAGAAAAGUUAAGAUACAUGUAAUUGCUGUGAUUUUACGUUUUUUUGAUGUCUGAAAAAGUGUAAAAUGUAAAAGGUCCGGUUGUUUUUAUGUGGUACCAUACAUAUAACAACUCCAUGUGUUAAUAUUCAACAAAUAAAUUA